AUGGAUUAUGAUUCUCACGAGGACGCCCCUACAGGAGGUGGGAGUGGAAAGGAUGGCGAUGGUGGGGAUGAAGAUGUUAAUGGUGGUGGGGAUGAAAAUGUUAAUGGUGGUGGGGAUGAAAAUGUUAAUGGUGGUGGUGGCGGUGUGGGUGCUGCAGCCGGUGGGGAUGCGGUAGCAGAGCAAGGGACGAGUGGAGAGGGUGGGGGCGAGGAGUGGCGGCUGGCGUUUGACUUGAAUGAGGAGCAGCCGGGGGAAGCAUGGGCGGAUGGAGAGGGUGAUGGCACUGGUGCUGAUCAUUGUGUUGCAGCCGAGCCUCAGGGUGAAGUCGGCUGUGUUUCUGCUGUUGUCGCUGUUGGCGCUGGUGCUGAUGACCACUGUGCCGCUGCCAAGCCUGAGGGUAAAAUCGGCCGUUCUUCUGCCGUUGUUGCUGUUGACGCUGGUGCUGGUCAUUGGGCUGCUUCCGAACCUCAGGAUGAUAACGGUUAUGGUUCCGCUGCUCACUAUGACGCUCAUGCUGCUGCUGCUGCUGCUGCUGUUGCUGUUGCUGCAACUGCGGACGGGGUGUGUGACAAGCACGGUGGGGCAAGUAAGCGUGUUGGUGUGGCAAGUGGCAGCAAGGCGAGGCCAGGUGCGCACCUGUUGCUGCUAGACAUGAAUGCAGAGGCAGAGGCAGACAUGUGGCUUGAUGCAGAGGCAGAGGAGGCAGCAGACAUGGGCUUGGAUCUGGGGUUGGGAGGAACGUGUGGGGCACAGCAGAGUCAACAGAGUCAACGGAGUGAAGGCGGUCUGGGUGGAGAAGAAUCGGGUGGGAGUGAGCAGGUGGGGGGAGGCAUGGUUGGGUUGUCGCUGGGUCUUGAGUUGGGCGCUCCAGAGACAGAAAAGUGGUUCGAGAAGGGGAGAGUAGAGGUGGAGAAGCAGGAGAGGGCUUCAGGGCCCCACUCGCUAGCUCCCCACUCGUCAGAGCACCACUCUUCAGGGCCUGAUGCGUUGUUGAUGGAUUCUCCUGUGCCUGUAGCAAGCUCACGUGUGGUGAAUUGGUUGACGCAGCACCAACAACGGUGGCGUAAGCAGCGGGAGGAGCAGCAAGUGAAGGAGGAGCAGGAGGUCAAGGGGGAGGAGGGACGGGAUUUGGAGCAGGAGGAGCGGGAGCAGGAUCACCAGGGCAGGCACGCACAAGGUGGCUCAGGGAGUGGGAAGGCAGAAGGUGCUGGGGAUGCAGAGAGGGAGAGGGAGAGGGAGAAGGAGAUGGCAGCAGAUGUUUACCGGCUGGGGUUGCUGUUCUUUGAGCUGACGUGUCACAUGAGCGACCAGUCGGAGCGCAGCAGUGCAAUGGAGGAUGUGAGGAGCCGGGUGCUGCCCACGGGGUACCUCAUGGCCUUCCCCACCGGCGCUGCCUUCUGCCUCUGCCUGCUGCACCCCGUGCCCUCCAGACGCCCGCCAAUGAGGGACGUCCUCACAAACAGCCUCUUUCUCCGCCUCUCUGCAGAAGCUUCCCCUGCAGCUUCCUCCUGCCAGUGCCAGCUGUCCGUGUCGUUUUCACCUUGGCGAUCAUCGGAAGCACAAGGGAACGCGGAGGGGCAGGCGGGGCAGGAGGAGCAGGAGGAGCAGGCGGGGCAGGAGGAGCAGGAGGGGCAGGAGGAGCAGGAGGGGCAGGAGAAGCAGGGGGGGAAGGAGGAGCAGGAGGAGGAUCAGGAGGGGCAGGAGGGGAAGGAGGGGCAGGAGGAGGGGCAGGAGGAGGAGCAGGAGGAGGAGCAGGAGAGGCAGGAGGAGCAGGAGGGGCAGGAGGGGCAGGAGGGGCAGGAAGGGCAGGAAGGGCAGGAAGGGCAGGAAGGGCAGGAAGGGCAUGAAGGGCAUGAAGGGCAGGAAGGGCAGGAAGGGCAGGAAGGGCAGGAAGGGCAGGAAGGGCAUGGGCAUGCACACCCUCAUGAUGGUACUGUUGAUGGCGGCGUGUGCGUUAGCAGUGAUGUGGAGGGGCGUGAGGAUGGAGAGGAGGGAGAGGAGGAAGAGGAGGGGCCGCGGCAGCGCAGGCCAGGCAAGGAACCGAUGGUGGAAGUGAGCGAUGGGGACGAUGAUGGUCUGUGCUGGAUGAAGGAUGAAGGUGAACCGGUCGAGGAGUUGGAUGGUGGUGGGCGUGGUGGAAAAGCAGAGGAGGGGGAGGAGGAAGAUAUGAGAGAAGAGGGGGAGGAGGAGGAAGAUGAGGAAGUGGAGGAGGAGCGAGAGAAAGGGUGGGGUUGGAGGGAGGGAGGAGAGGAGGGCGCUGCUGUUGGUGGCGGUUUGGUUGGGGAGGGGGCUAGAGGCUAUGCGUUUACUGGUACUCUUGAGUUCAGUAGAAAGCGAGAAAGGGCGCAGGAGACGGAAGAGAGGGAGAAAGAGGUUGGUGGUGGUGGGGAAGACGAUGGGGAAGGUAUGCAUGGCAGAGAGGGAGAGGAGGAAGAGGAGGAAGAGGAAGACGAAGAGGAGGGACGAGGGGAGGCAGUGGGGAUGCGAGGGAGCAAGAGGGUUCGGUGUGAGGAGGAGGAGCCAACAGAUGUGAGUCUGUCACAGGAGGAGGAGGAGCCAACAGAUGUGAGGCUGUCACAGGGGGAGGAGCCAACAGAUGUGAGGCUGUCACAGGGGGAGGAGCCAACAGAUGUGAGGCUGUCACAGGGGGAGGAGCCAACAGAUGUGAGGCUGUCACAGGAGGAGGAGGAGCCUCUACGUGGUCAUCAUCAGCGUCAUCCUGCUUCAAUGCCGCAGAAGGAGCCUCUGGUGGAGUCGCCUCAAGCGCUGACACAGGAGGAGGAGCCGAGUCCUGAAGCGCCUGAAAUGCUCACAGAGACGGAGUUGGCAGAGAGGGAGGAGGAGAACGAGGUGCUCCUGGAUUUUCUCCUGAGGGUGCAGCAGGGGAAGGCGGAGACGUCCCAGCAGGUGGCCGCCAAUUUUGACGGGCUCUCUGCUGACGUGGCGGAGGUUGCUGAGAGGAGGCGGCUGCUGCUGGCGCUGUCUCGGCCUAUCAGCGCGCGCCAAUUCACGAACCCAGGCACUGGGAGUGGAGCCGAAACGGAUGCUGCAGUAAGAGAGGCGGAUCAAGAAAGGGAUGCAUCAGAUGCCAGGGCAGGGGCGAGGGGGGAGAGCAGGAACGGUGGUGGGAGUGGGUGGAGACAGGGCCAAAGGCAGCGGAUAGAAGAGGAGGGUGCAGUGGGGAUGCGUGGGGGUGUAAGACAGGGAGGAGCAGCACAGGCGGGGGGGGGAACAGCUUUACAGGGCAUGAGAGGCAGGGGGGAGGAGUGCACUCGGCUUUCCGUAGCCUCGACUGCUGCUGCUGCUGCUGCUGCUGCUGUUGCUGUAGCAGCAGCUUCUGGCACAGCACCGGCUGUAGCUCGUGGUGCGCCAGCAGAAGCAGGCGCUACAGCCGCAGAGGAAGCUUGGCAGAACCUUCCAGAAGCUGCCAAGGCGUGGCUGAGACGGCAGUGGGCCAUGGGGCCCGCGGGGGUGUUUGUUGCUUGUCCAGCAGCCCUUGAUCAGUCAAAUAUUCUCUCAUAUGCACAUACACAUACGCAUGGGCACACAGGGGGCAGUGAGCAGCAGCAGCAGCAGCAGCAGCAGCAGCAGUAUCUGCUUCAGGCGCAGACCUCUGCAGAGGAAACUCUCUCAGGAGGGUCGGAAGGUGCCUUUUCCUACUGGGCUGCACGGGGAAGGGCGGCUAGUGGGGCAGGUGUGGGUGCAGUUGGGGGGGCAGGUGUGGGCGCAGAUGGGGGGGCAGUAGGGGGAGCUGCAGGGAGGGAUGGGGAUGUGGCAGAGGAGGGGCACAUGCAAGAGGUGUGGGGGCGGCUGGGCUGUGUGCUUCAAACGGUGAGGACGCUGGGACAAGAUGUGACUGUAGAGAGGGGUGCUGGGACCAGUGCUGCAGCUGGCAGGGAUAGUGGGAGUGGCAGUGCAAGGGAUGGUGCUGUGGGUGCGGGUGGUGCUGUGGGUGCGGGUGGUGCUGCGGAGAGGAUUGCAGGAGGUGCUGCCCUUGCCUCGCCUGCAGCCACACCCACAGCGGCGCCGGCAGGUGCAGGGGCAGCUGGUGGGUCUGCUCGUACGGACGUGAGGCUAAGGGCGUCCUCUGGCCAGGACACUGCCACUGCCAGUGCAGAUGGUGGUGCUGGUAGCGGUGCUGGUGCUGGUAGCGGUGCCAGGGCCGGUGCUGGUGGUGAUGGUGGAGGAGGAGGAGGAGGUAGUGGUGGUGGGUGUGGUGCAGAGGCUGCUGCUCCCAGAUUGGCUGCUGCCCCUGCGUCCUGCCUGGGAGGGAAGUGGCACGCCAGCAGUAUGGGAGGUGACGAUGGCAGAGAGGAGAGGGGGGAGAGCAGCAAGCGGAGGGCGGUGCACAUGUAUGGCAGCACGAGCAGCGCCAGCAGCAGGGAGGUGGUGGAACCGGUACUGGGCACUAGAGCGAGGCAGGAGGGUGCUGGCGGCACAGGCGCGGGGCAGGAGGGGAUGAGAGGGGAAGGAGGUCGGGAUGCGAGACGGUGGAAUGGAGGGAAGCAGGGUGAGAGGAGCAGAACCCCUUUCGAGACUUCUCCGAAGCAGAGCGAGAGGAGCAGAACGCCCCCUGUGUGGGAACGUGCGGCGGCGGCAGCAGCGGUGCAGCAGCACAGCUGGCAGCAGCAGAGCUCGUCCGGUGGCGGAGGCAGCUGGGCUGUUGUCACUGGUGGUGGUGCCGGUGGUGAUGGUGGUGGUGGUGGUGGUGGUUUCGUGGUGGAUAGCAUCCUGAAUGUACCGACCACCACACAGGGCACGCAUGGGACUCUGUUUUCUGUGGAUACAGAGGGGCGGGUGGGAGCAGGAGGUCGCUUUGGUGGUCGGGGUGAAGUGCUGGGAGCAGCUGAGCGUUUGAGACACGGGGUCUCUGAGCCUUCCCAUCCUGUCCCUGCUUCCACGCCAGCUGAGGCUGAUUCUGAGCCUUCACAUUCUGCAAGACUGCUGGCAGCAGUGUUGCCAAGUGAAGCAGCACCAGCACCAGCAGCACCAGCAGAGGCAAUAGCAGCUGCAGUAACUCCAGCAGCAGCAGCAGAGCUACCAGCACCAGCGCCAGCACCAGCAGUAGCAGCAGCAGCAGCAGCAGCAGCAGCAGCAGUACCUGUACCAGUGGCACCUGCACCAGUCACCUCCCGCCCACCACAGCCCUGGCUGGGGCAUUUCUUCGAGGGCCUCUCCCGCUACACCAGGUUCGGCAAGCUGCAGGUUCGGGCGGCGCUGCGCCGCGGCGACCUGCUAGGCUCGGCAGACAUGGUGUGCUCGGUGGCGUUCGACCGGGACGGGGAGUUCUUUGCUUCGGCGGGCGUGUGUAAGCGCAUCAAGGUGUUUGACUGCAAUGCUGUGCUGCGCGCUGCUGCUGAGCGAGAGGCGUGGGUGAAGGAAGUGAGGGAUGGGAUGGAGGUAGACGAGGAGGAGGGGGAUCGGGAGGGAGCAGAGGGGCGAGUGGGAGGAGGGGGGAAAGGGGGAGGAGUGUGGGGGAGGGAACAGGGGGAGCAGGGGGGGCAGGGGCAGGAGGAGGGGCAUGAGGAGGAGCUGUUGCAGUACCCGGUGGCGGAGAUGGCGUGCGACUCGAAGCUCAGUUGUGUGAGCUGGAACCCCUUUGUUAAGAGCCUUGUGGCCUCCUCCAACUAUGAUGGCGCCGUGCAGGUGUGGGAUGUGUGUGCGGGCGAGGCGAUCGCAGAGUACAGGGAGCACGAGAGGCGAGUGUGGAGUGUGCACUGUGCGCCCACCGACCCCACCAAGUUAGCCAGCGGCAGCGACGACGGCUGCGUGCGCAUCUGGAGUCUGCAGCAGGACUCCAGCGUGGCCACAAUCCGCACGCGGGCCAACGUGUGUGCGGUGCACUUCUCGCCCGCCUCCUCGCACAUCCUCGCGCUCGGCUCCGCCGACUUCAAGCUCGCCCUCUACGACCUGCGCAAGCUGCGCUCGCCCCUCGCCACGCUCCCCGGCCACUCCCGCGCCGUGUCCUACGUCGCCUUUGCGGACCCGCUCACGCUUGUGUCCGCGUCUACUGAUAACACCCUGCGCGUGUGGGAUUUGAGGGAGGUUCUGGGGAGUGCUGGGGAUGGUUCAGUGAUGGGACUGCAGCAGCAGCAGCAGAGGCAUCCCGGGCAGGGAAGCAUGGCGCCGUGUGUGCUGACGCUGUCUGGGCAUGUGAACGAGAAGAACUUUGUGGGGCUGUCGGUGUCGGAAUCGGGCUACAUUGCUUGUGGCUCCGAGAACAACUCGGCGUAUGUGUACCACCGCAGUGUGCCAGCCCCCAUUACAUGCCACCGCUUCGGCGCCGUGGAUGCAGUCACAGGGCGGGCAGGGGGGGAGGACGCAGGGCACUUUGUGAGCAGCGUGUGUUGGCGCAAGGGCACUCACUCCCUGGUGGCGGCGAAUUCAAUGGGCGAUGUGAAGGUGCUGGAGAUGGUGGAGUGA